AUGACAUAUAGGAGACCUUUUCUUCCUACUGACAUUCUAGUGAAUGAGGACCUGAACCAGGCCUUGAGAUAUAUCAUUUACCUAGGACAAGUUCAGAAGCAAUCCAGGACUGUCCCCACAAGGCACUGCCAGCUCCCCCUAAAAAUACAUAGGAAGGAGCAGUUCCUUCACAAAGAAACCCCGGUGACCAAGUUCUCCUUAAAACCCGGGAGGGGUUCCCCCAACCAACCAUUGGCAAGAGGGAAGUCCCCCUAUAGUAAUUUAAACCAUCCUCACUGCUGUCAAACUGAAAGAGAAUGGGUAUACUUGUCCAGACUAAAGAUUUUACCUCCAGAAACAGCACAAGAGAAGAACAGUACACCUGUGAGCCAGCGGAAGAUCUGA